GAUCAGAGGUACAGACUAUAUUGGUUGCCUUGAUUUCGACGCCGCUGCGCUGCUAAAAUGCCAGAGAAGACAGAAAGGGGCAAUCAUUAAUCGGUGUUUUCCGCGUACUUUUAAAAUAAUCGGUCAUUUAUUGGGCAGAUUUCAACUACCUUGAAAAUGAGAAUCUUAUUUUGUAUGUUUGCUCUGAUCGUAAAUCAUUCUCAAGCUGGAGCCUAUGCCUCAAGUACCACCCAACCCCAAAACGACGCUCAACUUUCGUCACCACAAGGUAGAGCCUCCCAAAGCUUGGGACAGUAUGCAGACACUGACAAUCACAGAAGCUCAACAACCCAGCCUGAUGAUGGGGCAUCGGGUCAGAGGUCAAAUACUGAGCACCCCCUACACAAGGAGGACGCUUCAGAUGCGAAACAGUUGAAACGGGAAUCACUUGAGCAACCGGUUGAUGCGUCGUAUCCGAGUUCAAAGGAAGGCGAUGCAUCGUCUCUGUUGCCGUCGACUGCAGGAACAGCAGCAGAUGAUGGCGUCUCAGUUGAAGAGGAAGGGACAGUUAGUGCAGCCAAAUCUGAAGUAUCUCACCAAGAAUUGUUGCCGGUGUUCAAAGAGGCGAUGCUUGGAUACUACAUUAAAAGGGCCAUCCACCACCCAGUGUGUGUCCUCUUUAGGCCACAUGGUCCUGUUCCUAAUUUGGAAAAAGAUGUCCACAAGUUUUGGGUGAAAGCUCAGAUGCAGAAGAACAACUUGUACGGAAUGUGGAGAAUGGGUGCUUUUAUCAAUCAAUCUAAACCUACCAGGGGUUUCAGGGUACCAGAUCAACUUCCUGUUUUACGAUGCUUCAUUUGGACGGCCCAGCCAACAGACCAUAGAGGAUCGGGGAAGGCAAAGGACCUCCAUCGAUGGUUCACAAAACAGGCAGUCAAGUACAGAGACAGAAUACCAGAGUUUAGCAGUGAAGCUCUUGACAAACUUCCAAGCAACAUUGAGCUGGUUCUCAUCAUGUUUGUGAAUGCUGAAAGUCACCAUGAGAUAGAAACACAUAUGUAUGAGUAUCAGAUCAGAGAAAGCUACACGGAUUCUACCCAGCUGUUUGUGGUGCAUCCGGGUUCCGAUGAUGUAGACAGGUUGAUGGAACAGUACAGGAUCCGGACGCUACCUUCAGUCAUAGUCCUGGACCCAAACGACACGGUGAAGAAUAGAGUAGUGCAGAAAUUUGAAGGGCCCGAGUCAUCUUUUGAGCGUUUGAGAGCCUUCCUCAGGCUGAGAAUGUCUCCCAUAACCAUCCUGACCCUGCACAACUUUGAAAGCAGCAUCAUCAGUCCAAAGGAAAAGAGGUUGCCGACCUUGGUGUGCUUCCAUGCCCCCUGGGGUCGCGACACGGGGUCGUAUCUGGACGCCCUCCAGCGAUCGGCAGCCGAGUUUCAUCUGGGUGAUGGGACGGGGUUGCAGUUUAAAUCGCUGGAGCUCACACAACACGCUGAAGUGGUGACUCGAUGGGUGGAUGCUACAUAUGCCAAGUCUGUUCCGUUCUCAGUGCUGUUCUGGUGGGAGGAAACGGAGGACAUGGGUGUAGUCCUGCAACAGAAGUUACUACCUGAUGUCACCCCAACCCCUUGGACAGUGGCAACUUUCCUUGAACAAAACCAAGUGUCUAUAUACAAUGCACAGGGGGAGGAGCUACAGUAUUCACCGUGGGAGGGGCAUGACAUUGACAAUGAGAUUUCGUACGGUUUCACCAGCUACACGCCAAACCUUUGCACCAGUUAUGCAAACAGCAGUCUUGGGAUUCCCGAUGAUGUGUACAACCAAGAUAUGUGCGAUCCAACAAGUUUGCAGCCAACGAAGAAGUCAAAAGUCAAGAACAAGGGGGAAAACAAAGCUCCUGAAAGGCAGAAAUCCUUGUGGGUCAAGAAGAAAUCCAGCACUUCUUCCCAACCAAUGAUCGGCAAGAUCCCACAAGUGACCGAUACCUCCUGGGCAAGCAUCGUGGAGCGUUCUCAGACUCCUGGGGGUGCACUUCGCCUCGCCAAGCCUUGGAGGAAGGACGUCACAUCUACCACGCUGGUGGUCUUCAUUCAGACCGACUGCAGCAACUGCCGAAGGAAGAUGGUCGUCUUUGAGAGAUUGGUGGAUUCGCUGAAGAUGAUUGAUGGAGCAUCGAUGUACAUCAUGAACUGCACGUCGGAUCCAGUAACUUGUUCCCAACUACGCGUUAUUGGCUUUCCUACACUGAUAGCCUUUAGGGGGUAUGGGGAGAUAGGCAGCGAGAAUUGCGUGAGCCCAGGCCACGCUAACCAGCUGAUCCGGAUGGACUUCCAUGGCAUGCUGGAGGAGAAGUCUAUAAUGGAAUGGUUUUCUGAGAUAUCCCUUCCAGCUGUGAAACACCUGCCGAGUAUCAAACAGUUCCAGCAGUCUACGUUCCAGAAAGAGGACGUAAUCCUCCUAGCCACCAUGUACCCCCUGUCCCUGGCCGGCCGGUACCUACCAGCCCUGGCCAGCACCCAUCGCUGGUACCCAUUAGAGUGUUACCGGGUUGCCUGCGAGCAGCUGUAUGGCCGGGCCAGCUGUCUGGCGGCCAUCUCGGAGAACCUUGGAAGCCGCGACGUGGAGAGAAGUAAAAGGGACAAAGACAUGAUUGUUACUCAGGUUGAAAUGCUUCGAAAGGACGGUAUCAAAUCUCUGAUAUUUAGCCUGGGAAGAAAUCUGAUGGUUACGCUACAAGAUGAAUCAGAUUCACAGAUACAUGCGUUCCAUUCACCUCAUAAGUACAACUUGAAAGAGGGACAACGAUGUGAAGAUGACCCUGCUAGCUGCACAGAUCUCAUUGUGGCAUUUGUUCAGGAUCACGGUAGACUCCCUGUUACGCACCUCACCAUGACUGGGUUCCACACCCAUAGUGGAACAAAGUUUGGUGAGCACCACGAGAACUCCAUCUUUGAGCACAACCUGCCGGUACUGAUAGCCUUGGCUAACAAGGGUCAUCUAAUGGAAGGAGCGCAGUUCAUUGAGGCAUUCACAUCGGCUGCAUAUGAGUUCUACAACCAGAUGGUGUUUGUGUCGCUGAACACGGAUGAGUUCCCAAAGUGGGCGUCACGCUUCGUACCCGUCGGCUACCGACAGAAAAUACUCGAGUACGGCGACCGGAUUACACAAGAUCUCAUCCCGUCCCUCAACGUGUACCCUCGGCUGUGCAUUGUACGCCAGGACGACCACCGGCACGCGGCCAUGUUCCCUCCAGCUGAACGCUUCACCCUAGCCCAGGCCAACUCUCCGAGGGUCGUCACCAAGGAUGAGAUCGCAACGUUCGCAAGAGAGUUCCUGAGGAUGGGCGAUGAGAUGAUGUUGCAGACAGAGCAGUUCUGAUGGCCAAUAAGAGAGGGAAACUAAGGAGUGUUUUAAAUAUCUGUAUGAUUUUUUAUUUAUUUAAUUUGAAUCAUUAUCUGGUAAUGAUCCCAAAUUUCUCCUCAAAAAGGCAUGAGCACUUCAGCCCAGAAGUCUUAAGAUAAUCUGGAGAGAGGAUGAAGAAAGAUUUGCAUUUGCUUUGGAGGAUAGACAAAAACCUCGAACAGCAUUCUGGGGAAGACCCAUGGAAUCAUGCAGCUUCUGCAAAACCCACUCCUCACGUAAGCCCGCAUGGGAUCCAAACCCAGGUCCCCGAGGUGGAAGUUAAGGAAAUAAAACCUUAUUCUUUGAUAUUUUCAGGAACAUCUGUAAUCCCCCUCUUCCUCUCAGAAGUGCCGAGCCGAAAGAUUAGACAUCCUGGGAUCAAUUCUUUUAAUAUUAUCAAGUCAUUCUCAAACUCUAGUUCAGUUUCCCAUAAUCUCCAAUUUUUGCGUAUCAAAUUACAUUGACUAUUUGUUGUUGAAUAACAACGUUUCAGUCAAAAUGAGGUUCACAUGAUCAAUAGGUCUCUCUCAAAUGACGUCACUUCCUAAAGAUUACCACGUGCAUCAGCAUUUUGGGCAUCAAAUUUUCGUGACGCGCAUC